CUUAGUAUUGUAAACACAAGGAUAUGGCUGACGAGAGGGGUGGAGGGGAAGACAACGCCAACGACAACAUGGGGAACCAGUUACAGCUCUUACCAGACAAUGAGGAGGAGGAAGAGGAGGAUGACAUGGAGACCGAAGAUCGAGACAGUGAGGAGGCAGAAAAGCCCAACAUCAUCACCUUUGACCCUAGUCUUCCCACAUCACAUUCAUACCUGGGUUCAGACAUGGAGGAGUUUCAUGGCCGUACGGUCCACGAUGACGACAGCUGUCAGACCAUUCCCGUGCUGCCACACACAGCUGUGAUGCUGGUGCCGGGCCAGACGCUGCCUCUGCAGCUCUUCAGGCCGCAGGAGGUCAGCAUGAUGAGGAGCGUCAUCCAGAGAGACCGCACUUUUGCUGUGCUCGCACACAGCGAUACAGGUGAGCCGGAUGCAGAGUUUGGAACUACGGCUGAAAUCUAUGCAUACAGAGAGGAGCAGGAGUACGGCAUUGAAACAGUCAAAGUGAAGGCUAUAGGGAGGCAGCGAUUUAAGGUCCACGAGAUAAGAACUCAAGCAGAUGGGAUCAAACAGGCUAAAGUGCAGAUCCUUCCAGAACGAAUCCUUCCAGACCCCCUCUCCGCUGUGCAGCUAACGCCUCUGUCCAGGCUCCACAUGCACCCUUCUUCCAAACCUCCAAGUCAGAGCUGCAAACAGGCUCAGUGCUGGUGGAAUAACUACAAACAGAGAAAGUUUCACUGUGCCAGUCUGACGCCAUGGCCACCCUGGGUCUACGCACUCUAUGAUUCAGAGUCGCUCAUGAACAGGGUGAAGAAACAGCUUCAUGAAUGGGAUGAGAAUCUGAAGGAUGAUUCCCUCCCGGCGAAUGCAGUAGAUUUCUCCUACAGAGUAGCAGCCUGUCUGCCCAUAGAUGAUGCUCUGCGGCUCCAGCUAUUAAAGAUUGGCAGCGCCAUCCAGAGACUUCGCUGUGAGCUAGACAUUAUGGAUCGGUGCACGUCGCUGUGCUGUAAACAGUGCCAGGACACGGAAAUCACCACAAAAAAUGAGAUCUUCAGCCUGUCCUUGUACGGCCCCAUGGCUGCGUACGUCAACCCUCACGGUUACGUCCACGAAACGCUGACUGUCUACAAAGCCAACAACCUUAACCUGGUUGGAAGGCCAUCUACGCUGCACAGCUGGUUUCCAGGGUACGCCUGGACGAUUGCUCAGUGUCGAACCUGCGGAUCCCACAUGGGUUGGAAGUUCACAGCCACCAAGAAGGACUUGUCUCCACCUCGUUUCUGGGGUCUGACCCGUUCAGCCAUGCUCCCUCGUAUCCCACAGAGUGAAGGGGAGGAGGGCAGAGAGGGUUCUCGCCUCUUCUGUCUGUGAUACCAGACCAUCUAUUUGCCUCAUUCAGAAAAUUCCUGCAAACUUCCCACAGUCUGCAUCUUUAGCCACUGUCUGGCUGCAGUUUCUUCAAUCACAAUGCCUGUCACCCCUGGCAACAAAUUCAGCAUAUUAGCAGAAAGGUCAUUUUGGCCUUCAGAUGGCAAUUUUUAAGUGCAUAUUUGAACAGGCUGGAUGUAAUUAUUAUUCUAAAAGGUUCUUAAAAUGCGGAGGCAGUGUCGAGGUUGAAAGCAGUCUGUUAGAGUGAGAGUCAAACUGAGACUUGCAGAAUAGACCAUGAUAUGUGGUUAAGAUCCCAGCAUGCAGCUGCCUGAUCUGCACCUCUUUCCAGCUGUUUUCCAAAUAGAAGAACACACAGACCCACAGGGGGACGCUGAAUGCAUAAUACUCUUUACCUUCACCUCCUCUCCUCUGUCUUAGCUGGCUGCAUGCAGCUAAAAUUGAGAUGUCGUCGGCAAGCUGCGAUGGCCACUUUAAGCUGUUGUAAAAUCCGCACACAGUAAUUUAAUAGUCUAGCAUUCAGAUCCUUUGUGAGUUUCUCAGAUAGGAUUUCUAAUAUUAUUAUCAGCUGCGAGAGACCGGUGGAGAAAACUGUUAGAAAGAGAGUGCACUCAUGUAUGUGUAGAUCUGUCACGAUAGGAGAUAUUUUGAAUUUUGGAAUUACAGCGGAUGUAUUUUUGUAUGCAAGAAGGUUGGAAAUUAAGCUAACAUAUUCAUUGAUGUUUGGUGAAACUGCAAUUUGUUAUCACAGUGGAUUUGUUUUGUUCGAAACAAAAGAAACUGAAGUGACAAUAAUGAUAUUGUGUAAUAUAUCUGAUAUAAUCUGUGUCUGUUUUGUAUUCACUAGAGACUCAUUAUCCCAUCUGGAGACGAGCAUCAUCUUUGAUUGCACGAGUGAAAAUUAGCGAUGCAUUGGUGCCUUGCGGCAGACUGUUUAUCAAAGGUCAAAGCCCACUGAGACAGAGCAAGAGGAGCAUUUACCCUUCUUUUAGUUUGUUCACGCGUGGUAUGUUAAAAUGGUGUGCCUACGCUCCAGCUCGGUGUCUUUUGAAGUGCGAGGAAUCGGAUUCAGAAAGGCAAAAUGAUGAUAAGAUUUAAGAGUUAUUAUUAUUAUUAUUAUUAUUAUUAUUUUAGUAUUCUCUUGGGUUUGUAGGGUGACAGUUUUCAGGAUUCUGUUGCAAGGGUAAUGGCUCACGUCUGUAUUUAUGUACGGUAAAACUGAGGCAGUAUUUGUUGUUUAUAUGGCUGUCGACCGACUGUUUGUAGAGUCUAAUUUAUUUAUUUUUUUGCAAAACUCUUUUGCUGAUUCUUUGUUAGGAAAUUAUCUUUUUAUGAGUAAGCUGAGUAACACAAUGAGAAAUCAUCUCGAAUGUUUGUCUGAUGACAUGUUUUUGGAUAGAGAACAUCAUUUUUUGGAUAAACGCGUCUUUUUCUUCACUUUUUCUGCUGAGAGAGGAAAACAUUGUUCAUGUCUGUGGAUCACAUUAAACUGGCAAUAGAUACAUUUUAACUUUACCCCUCUACCCUUCCAGCAAUGCUGCAAAAACUGCAACACUUUCUGUCGUCCCCCCGUUUCUUUCUACCCUUGAUUGUUACUCUGGUUGUUCUGCAGUCUUCUAUUAUUGCUGCCUGGUGUAAGCUAUAGUAGUAUGCGCAUCUACAGACUGGUUUGCAACCAUCUAGCAACCACCAGUUACAAGGGAAAAAUGAGCAUUUCCUGACUGAUUAAGAGUGGUUGCUGGGGGUUAAUGGUAGCUGCUGGGGAAGUGGUUGCUAAAGAUCCAGUUUUGCAGGCCUAUUCAGUGACCCCAUGGCAACCAGCAGGCACCAGGAGAAAAACUGCCAACUAGUUGACCAAAAUCUCCUUGUGAUUGCUUUGGUUGCUAGCAUAUUGCUGUGGUUGUAGUUUGAAUUUAAGUGUCUGAGUGUGACACAGACAGGAAAUAGAGAAAGUUCACCUUCACAGUAAAAGUUGUCUCAGCUCUGCAGCUAAUUUAUUCAAGCCACAAUUUUUCUUCAAGUUGGGCUAGUGUAUAGGAAGUAUUUGCAGACGAAGAUUAAAACCAUAUGCAACACCUGUGGGUUUUGGUGAAACAUCGUGUUUGCUUACGAUUUCAUCCAGUGAGAGCCAGAGACCUCCGCGAACUGGUGCCAAACAUUCGAAGAACAUAUCCCAUUUAAAUUUGGCUACACCUACCCUCAAAUGAUGUACAAAUGAUCCAAACAGGUCUUCCAGAAAGCCGUCAUGAGACAGAAGCUGCCCAGGAACGGGAGAAGUCCUUUAAGGGACAGAAGGUGCUUGGCCAUGUUUAAAUCAAGUAUACUUUCUGCUCUUUCAGGAUGGAGUUAUAGAAUUUUUAUCAUUGGAGCCUCUGAUAGCCACUACAUUGUAAUAGCUACUUUCAGCUGCUGCAUCAGUCAAAGGGGGCCACCAAAUAUUUGACUUCCAGUUGAUACCCUUCCUUAUGCAACCCCAAAGGGAUAUUUUUCUCCUCCUGGGAUUUAACCAGGGAUUGUUUGCUUGUCAGGCAAAUGUGUAAAUGUGUACAUUAUGUAAUCCACAUUUUCUUAAUGAGGAUUUAAAGUAAUUAUUGCCACUUUAAGCCACAUCCACUGCCUGUUAAACAGAAAGCUGGAGGAAACUGCUUGUAUGUGACAGUAAUUUAACUCAAAAAUUGAAAAGCAAGAUUAGUGGUUCAAUCAGGCAGAGGCUCAUAAUAUUACUACUUAACUAUUAAACCUUAAAGAAAGGAGAUGAUGGUACAAAGUUGUUUUUUUUGUUUUUUUUUGUUUUUUUUUGGCCUUAGGACAGAGGCACAUUAGUUGUUCUCACUGGUUUCCAGUCUUCACGCUAACCUAACCAGCAGCUGGUUCUGGGCUUUCUUCUAACAGACAUGUCAUAUUUCUCUCAGCAUAAAAAAAAACUAACAAGCCAAUUUAAAAAAAGAAUCUAUUUCUCUAAAGGGGAGCAACUUACAAUUUCAAAUUUCUUCCUUGUUAUUCUUACUGCUGAAACAUGAAGUGUACAGAGUUGUAUUGAUACUUGGUGGGGAAAUACCUUUGUUAUUUAAUAGUUUAUCUAGAUGUAAUCCAAUCACCAAUCUUCAUAUUAUUGCUGUUCCCUCAAAAAUCUGAAAAUGUGAGCUUCCGAGUAUUUAUUUUUUAAGCUUUUACUCAUAAUCUUCAUAUUUCAUAUCAAAACACUUUGUUUCGUCGAGCAGAUAUAUCCGCUUUGAGAGGAGCUCAGAAAUUUAAAUGACUGUCUUGUGAUCUUUUGAUGACAUUCUCCAUCAUAUAACUGAUUUGAGUGUUUGCCAUGCCGUCUGAUUUACACUCACAUAUUAAAAACUAUAACCUGGAUGCUUCACUGGAUAAAUCAUCUGUUUGCAAAAGCCUUUGCUCGUUUCACCAAGCCAUUCGUUGUACCACAAAUUUAAAUAAACACGCAGGUUCCAAGCAGUA